GGGAAGGCGCCCUGGCCAGCCGCUGCCGGGGCAGCAGCUUGUGGCCCUGCCUGUGGGAGGCGGCUGCGCGAAGCAGGUGGGGACUCGCCGCCGCCUUCCCCGGCUCCGCGGUGCGAGGGAGCUCCCGGGAGAACCCCCCAGCUCCCGCCUCCUGCCCGGCGCCGUGUCUGCGGGGGGCUGGUCGCUGCCCCCGCCGCUGGGAGAGGAGGUUAUGUAAGGGGAGGAGGAGGACGGAGCAGGAGCAGGACGGCUGCCGCCGCCGAGCAGGGAGGGGGAGAAGCCGCCACCGCCACCGCCACCGCCGCCCGCCCGGCUCUCGGGAGAGUCGCCGCCGCUGCAGCCGGCCCGGGAUGCGCAGGAGCUGAGCGCGCUAGUAGCCGGCGGCCGCAUGUGCGAAGUUAGGACGCGCCCCGCGCCCGCCGGGGACAGAGGCGAGAACCCCGGGGGCCCGGCGGGGCUGCAGGCUGCGGGCGCCGCUGGGGACAAGUACCGAGACAUGGGAGAACAGCCCAUCUUCACCACCAGAGCACAUGUCUUCCAAAUUGACCCCAGCACCAAGAAGAACUGGGUUCCUUCAAGCAAGCAGGCUGUAACUGUUUCCUACUUCUAUGACAGCACAAGAAACAGCUAUCGGAUUAUCAGUGUGGAUGGAGCCAAGGUGAUUAUAAACAGCACAAUCACACCUAAUAUGACCUUUACGAAAACAUCGCAGAAGUUUGGUCAGUGGGCGGACAGCAGAGCAAACACUGUAUUUGGUUUGGGUUUUUCCUCUGAACAGCAGCUAACAAAGUUUGCAGAGAAAUUCCAGGAAGUAAAAGAAGCUGCCAAACUAGCAAGAGACCGAUCUCAAGAGAAAAUUGAAACCUCAAGCAAUCAUUCCCAAGAAUCUGGACGUGAAACACCAUCUUCUACUCGGGCAUCCAGCAUAAAUGGAACAGAUGAUGAGAAGGCAUCUCAUGGUGGCUCUGCUGAUGCACAUCUGAAAAGUGAGAAUGACAAACUGAAAAUUGCGCUAGCCCAAAGUUCUUCCAAUGUAAAGAAAUGGGAAACAGAACUGCAGACUCUGAAGGAGAGCAAUGCCAGGCUGACUUCUGCACUCCAAGAAUCUGCUGCCAGUGUAGAACACUGGAAAAAACAAUUUUCAGAAUGCAAAGAAGAGAAUGAUCAACUCAGGAACAAGAUUGAAGAGCUGGAAGAACAGUGCAAUGAAAUAAAUAAAGAGAAGGAAAGAAAUGCACAGCUGAACAGGCACCUCCAGGAACUGGAAUCAGAACUUCAAGACAAAGAACUAGAAUUGGAGGAUCUUCGAAAACAGGGUGAAAUUAUACCCCAGCUAAUGACAGAAUGUGAAUCUGUAUCUCAGAAAUUACAGGCUGCUGAGAAAAAGAACAGAGACCUGGAGGAGAAAGUCAGAACACUAAGGACAGAUGUUGAAGAGAACAAACAGAGACAGAACAGCCUUAAAACUGAAUUAAAGAAUUUUUUAGACAUACUAGAUGGGAAGAUAGAUGAACUACAUGACUUCCGACAAGGACUGUCUAAACUGGGAGUUGACAACUAGACCGCAACAGAUUUUUGUAAUCUAGGGUCUGACUGUUUGGUGUUUUGUUGAUCCCAAAUGUGUAUUUUACAAAAUUUGACUAGAAUGUUCCACUUGUUGGUAUUGUUUCUGUACAUACAGGCUGAAAAUUUGCUGUGUUUUUUCAAACCAGUUGUGCUGCUCACUAAAUUCUUUUGAGAAGAGAAAUGAUUUAUAUGGCUGCUGUGGGUUUGUGAAGAGGUGGAAGAUUCUGUCUCAGGAAUCUGGAACUAGAUCUACCUUAUAUGAAUAUGCAGUUAGUUGUUGCAGGGAAAUUUAUAUCUUUCUUAAGGGCUGUUGCAACCAUAGAAACAGAAAACAAUACUAUCAAUACUCCUAGCAACGUGCAAUUUUAUUUCUUUUGUUGAGUGGAGUGGAGUUAAGAUUAGAGGGGGCUCCUGCCAUCUGUAAACCAGUUGGGUAAAAUGUGUCUGAGUUGAGCUGCAGUCAAGUGUAGCAAAUCCCUCUAAGUAGAUAUUAAGAUCCUUAGGAACAAAUCAAUAAAGCCUAAUUCACAGAAAGAAACCAACCGAUUUUAUACUUGUUACCUCUGAUAAGGGUUUACCAUGUAAAUGUAUGUGCACAUACAGCACAUAAUCUGCAAAGUUGCAGUCGGUCUCGGCUCUUGUACUUCAUAUAAGUCGUACAACAGCUGAUGAGAACUUGUCUCAUUUAACAAGAGCAUCUUUUUCCUCAGCCCUAGUGUUUAAAUUCAGAUAAUUAAGUUAAUCAUUACAUCUUUGGAAAAAAACACACUCUCUUCCUGGGACCAGAUAUACAGCAAUAGGGAUAGGUUAUUGUUUCACGUAUAGGUCUGGGCCCUCUAAUUGUCUGUAUAACUUAAUAACUGCUGUGAUCAUCCACUGAAGUGAUUUCAGAGACAUUAAUCUAAAAAACAUUAGUUCGUUUCACAGAACCGCUGGGGACAGUUUUGUACAAAUGCAAGUUUCUGUUCGGGAGACAUCCAGGGCUAAGGUA